AUGGACUUACAAAGAGGAAGGGGAGGAAGGAAGCUCUCAAGCACAGGACCACGACUCAGCUUCACCGUGGCGUUUCCCUGUUUUGACGGCACUUAUCUCCCAAGGGAAGAGAAUGAGUUUGUGCAUCAUGUACUGGAUGAGCUGGAGACAUACCAAAAGAAGAAUUGGAGAGAGAGUGUGCUCCUAUUCCCAUGCCUUCCGAGCAGACUGCGAUACCUGAUUCACAAGACCAUAGAGGAUGUUCCGGAACUUACUACCUUCUCAGUCGGAGAAAGCUGGCGGCGCAGGGUGGUGGUUUGCCACUCAGACCUCAGGAAUGAACUCAAAGAAGACAGCGACCUGGAGAGCAACAACACCACGAGUGAAGAUUCUCUUCGAACCAGGGAGCAGAUUGACUAUGUCACUAAACCUAAAUCUUUAAUUCCAUCACGGAGCCGUGGACCUAAGAGGCCGGAUAAACCUCUUUACAUGCCACGAGCAGCUCGGGAGCGACUGUCACAACAACAUUUAAAAGGACCUACACUUUGUGAAGAGUCGCCAAUUUCUGCACCUAGUAACUGUAGCUGUGGCAGCAAUACAGCUGACGCUUUUUGCCAUAAAACUACAAAAAACAUUCAAGAAUCUGAACAGGAAUCUUUAUCCAGUGUAGUGGAAAAUUCUGAAAACACUUCAGUCUGUUGUUCUGCAAAAGGGAAACAAAAGUUGUUGCCGGCAGAAUAUGAAGAUAAACACGUGGUCUGGGACCAGACUGUGUCCGGCUUUUCUGACAUGACGCUAGGGGAUCCUGUGACCGAGGAAGAAGGUUGUGUUAGUGUGCCAUACAUUAAUAGCUGUCAGACAGAAGACAAGAACACAGAUGUGGACGAGGUCACUGAAGAAAUCAAGGCUCACCUAAAAGACACGGUGUCCUUCUCCAUUGAGCACGUCCACAAGGACUACUCUCUUUAUGAGAAUGUGUCCAUCAACCCGGACGACUUUGGUCAUGUGAUAGAGAUCUACGAUUUUCCUUCCUUUUUUAAAACUGAAGACCUACUGGAUGCUUUCAGUGACUUCAGUGAUGGUGGAAUGAAGAUCAAGUGGGUGGACAACACACAUGCGUUAGGAGUUUUCUCCAGUGAAUCAGCAGCACUGAACGCCCUUUCCAUCAGCCACCCACUGUUGAAGACACGAACACUGGCUGAAGGGAGCAAGAAGGCCAAAGGAAAAGCUGUCAGACGAGCAGAAUUCAUCCAGCCAGUCAAGGAGCGUCCCAGGACAGACUCUGCUGUUGCCAGGCGGAUGGUGACCAGAGCAUUGGGGCUGCAGGGCCGAGGCAGAGCGCUGCGAUUCUGAGGAGAGUGACCAAUGCUGUUGGAAUGUAGAGAACUCUCAAGCUGAAGACAAUGGGCAACAAUGGCCACAAAAGUCACUGUCUUCUGCCACAGGUCAUCCACGGCUGCUCUGCUGAGGGACCUUCAGCAUUAAGUGACUUUCAAUGUUGACUUUUAUUUUUGUUUUAUUGUUUAGUUUGUAUAGCCAUCUACUUCCACCUAGUGAAAGGUUAUUUAAUGCUUCUGCAUACGAAUUAAGUGAAAAGUAUUGAUGUUGAUUUAAAUGGGUAAUAUCAAGAAACACGGGUCCAUUAAAUGUUACUUUUUAAUUUGACAAAAAAUAAAUUUUUACAUUAAAAUAAGAAGAGCAGCUGUUGAUUGAGUUUACAUCUGCUGUGUAGUGUGCACUGUUGCACUUUGCCCCAGUGCCCAGGGUGCAGCCCUCUGAAUGGGCUAUAGCUACUGAUACUUGAUAUAGUAGUAUUUGUAAUAAUGAAUAAUAUGGUAUACUGCAGUAUUCAAACAACUACAGGGAAGUGGGGAAGUGAAUAUAUAAGCAUGUUUCCUUGACUUGGAAAUGUGUUUUAAAGUUCAACAUCUCAAAGAAAGGUCUGUUUCCUGCUUCUGUCAAUGUGGUAUAAUAAGCCUUUUAUGAUCUUUAGUUUUUUUUUAAAUAUCUUUAUUAUUGUUCAAGAAGAUCUACAGUGUUCAGUUUUUUAAUUUAUUUUAAUAUUAAUGUGUAAAACAAAUGUUGGCAUUUUUACCUUGGAUUUCAAAAUUCAUCUUUGUGAUGACAUGUUGCUGAGAAUAUAACAAUUACAGUUUUUAAUAUCAAUUUGUAAUAGGUUUGAAUGUUUGAAAGGCACUUCAAGUUCAGUUUUGCCGUCCAUUAACUCUAGUUAAGACAGUGUUCAUAGCACCGUCUGGUGGUGAAAUCGUUUUAUUUUGGAGAAAUCUUUUUUUUUUCUUAUGAGCCAAUGUAAUACGAGUUUUAUUAUGUGGCUGCCUAAGCUUUUGUUUGAGGACAUCAGUCCCAUUUAAUAUUUCCAAGUGAAUUUGCACAAAAAAACAACAGUUGAAUGUGUUUGUUCUCUGUGCCAAUAAAAUGUGUAUGUUUGAAUCUGCAGUUUGACACCACUAAGGUUGUGACUGCAGACUGAAAUGGAUUAGUUUUAAUAAUAAGUAAAUGUUUAUUUUUUUUUAUUAAUCACAGUAUUUAAAUAAUAGUUUAUAAUCAUUAUUGGGAAUAUCAAAAAUAGAAAAUCUUAAAAUUAAGUCCUUUGUCCGGCCCAACAUAAUGGUCUGUUAUUGAAACGUGUAGAAGUAUUAAAUCUCCAACAGGGGGUCUGCUUUGUAUAACACAGUACUUGAUAGAACUGCAGAAUUGCUAUUUAACUGAGCACCUUAUCUAUCAUAUCUUGGUUGAAAGUAGCACAAGUUCACAAAAGUAUCAAAAACGGCAUUGUUGUAACUCAGUAUUUCAUACAGUAGGUGUCAGUGUUGUAAAAAAAGGCUCAGCUGUACUAAAGUAUUUAUUAUUGACGUCUGUACACCUGCUUUAAAUGUAAUUUUUUCUCCCAGCCACUAGUGGCCUCAUACAUGAGAAGUCAGAUGUUUAAUCAGACCAAAUUAAACAUGUUGUGUGAACAGA